CGCUGCCGUAUUUGACCCAGACAGAGAAGCGAAGAAACAUUGAUUCCAGAAAGGGAGAGGAGAGAGGGGAAGAAGACGCCAGAGUCACAACCCGCCGCAGAUCUCCUCCGUCCUCCGCGACCAGCCCCGCUUUGUCCUCCAUGGAGUGCGUCCGCUCGGGGGCUCUUGAUCUGGGGCGCUCCGGAAAUUUCUUGGGGAAGAGCGGCUCCACGACGUCAUGUGGUAAAGUCAGAUGUUCUACAAACCUUGCUGGUUCUACCAAAUGUGAGCAGAACUUGCAUGGGAAGGCUAAACCCUUGCUGUUGUCAGCAAGUGGAAAAGCAAGGGGAACCUCUGGUUUGGUUCACAGAAGUCCAGUACUUAAACAUCAGCACCAUCUUUCUGUGAGAUCCACCUCUACCGAUGUAUGUACUACUUUCGAUGAAGAUGUCAAAGGUGUAUCUUCACAUGCCGUCGAAGAAAAGGUUGGAGUGCUCUUAUUAAAUCUUGGUGGUCCAGAGACCCUCAAUGAUGUUCAACCAUUUUUGUUCAACCUCUUCGCUGAUCCAGAUAUCAUUCGACUCCCUAGGCUGUUCAGGUUUCUUCAAAGACCACUGGCCAAACUUAUAUCUACUUUUAGAGCUCCUAAGAGUAAAGAGGGGUAUGCCUCAAUUGGUGGUGGAUCACCUCUGCGGAAAAUUACCGACGAGCAGGCAAAUGCUUUGAAGGUUGCACUAAAAAGUAAGAACUUGGAAGCAGAUAUUUAUGUUGGAAUGCGGUAUUGGUACCCAUUCACCGAAGAAGCCAUUGAUCAGAUUAAGAAGGAUAAAAUCACAAAGCUUGUGGUUCUUCCACUAUACCCUCAAUACUCCAUAUCAACAAGCGGAUCUAGCAUCCGCGUUCUCCAAAACAUUGUCAAGGAAGAUCCAUACUUUGCUGGCUUGCCAAUUUCCAUUAUUGAAUCUUGGUACCAGCGCGAGGGCUAUGUGAAAUCAAUGGCUGACUUAAUUGAGAAGGAACUAUCUGUUUUUUCGAAUCCUGAAGAGGUUAUGAUAUUCUUCAGUGCACAUGGAGUACCACUUACCUAUGUUAAGGAUGCUGGAGAUCCAUACAGAGAUCAGAUGGAAGACUGCAUUGCUUUGAUCAUGGAGGAGUUGAAAUCCAGAGGAACCUUGAAUGACCAUACUCUGGCCUACCAGAGUCGCGUGGGACCAGUUCAAUGGCUUAAGCCAUAUACUGAUGAAGUUUUAGUUGAACUUGGUCAAAAGGGUGUUAAGAGUCUCCUGGCUGUCCCAGUAAGCUUUGUGAGCGAGCAUAUUGAGACACUGGAAGAAAUCGACAUGGAGUACAGGGAGUUGGCUCUAGAGUCGGGCAUUGAGAACUGGGGGAGGGUUCCAGCUCUUGGAUGCACCUCAUCCUUCAUCUCGGACCUCGCUGACGCUGUCGUCGAAGCCCUUCCCUCUGCCUCCGCGAUGGCGACCAGAAAGGUCAAGGAUACUGACUCUGACAUGGACAUGAUGCAUUAUCUGACCAAGAUGUUCUUGGGCUCGGUCCUGGCCUUCUUCCUGCUGUUAUCGCCGAGGCUAGUUUCUGCUUUCCGGAACACUCUUCAGUGAGCUGCUUAUUUUUAUCGAUGCGACGUGGUUAACCAUUUUGGUGAUUGUAACUAGAAACCAUAUAGAUUUACCGUUGAAUAAUUUAUAACUUGUUUUUUUUUGUGGUAGACUGCCAUGAUAAUAACAAUAUAAUUUAUGGCCGAGAAAAAAAUGCAAGAGUUUGUUCACUUA